AUGUCCAAUCGGUGUGUUGUGGCCGGAGCCGUCAUCAUUGCGUCGGAGUGGAGUUGCCGUGGCAGCCCUGACGGGGCGCAGGAGGAGGGUGCCGAUGGAGAGGGACUGGCUGAUGGGGCAGACCGUGCAUUGGACGGCGACCCUGAGGGAGUAUGGAGUCCAGACAUCGAGCAGAGCUUUCAGGAAGCUCUGGCCAUCUACCCUCCCUGCGGCAGGAGGAAGAUCAUACUGUCAGACGAGGGGAAGAUGUAUGGUCGAAAUGAGCUGAUAGCUCGUUAUAUUAAGCUACGAACAGGGAAGACACGCACACGCAAACAGGUGUCUAGUCACAUUCAGGUUCUGGCACGCAAGAGGGUACGAGAAUACCAGGCGAGCAUCAAGGCCAUGAACUUGGACCAGGUUUCCAAAGACAAGGCUCUGCAGACAGUAGCCAACCUCUCAUCAGCUCAGAUUGUGUCUGCGAGUGUAAUGAAACCCCAGACUCCCUUUCCUCCACCAGUCAGAUUUUGGCCCGGCCCUAUGCCAGGACAGCCUGGACAUUCUCAGGACAUUAAGCCCUUUGCACAGCCGCCAUACACUACACUACCAGCCCCUGUCCCAGCUCCAAUCAGUUAUGAGCCCUUACCGCCCCAUCGCCCUGCAGCUAUAGCAGCGCCUGUAUGGCAAGACAGAACCAUCGCCUCUGCAAAACUACGGCUACUGGAGUUCUCUGCUUUUAUGGAGACGCAGAGAGACAGAGAGGCGUAUAAACACCUUUUCGUGCACAUUGGCCCAUCGAACCCGAGCUACAACGACCCUGUUCUGGAGUCCAUAGACGUGAGGCAGAUUUAUGACAAGUUCUCUGAGAAGAAGGGCGGCCUAAAGGAGCUGUUUGAAAAAGGGCCGCACAACGCAUUCUUCCUCGUCAAGUUCUGGGCGGACCUGAGCAGUGACGUUGAGGAGGGUUCUAGUGCUUUCUACGGUGUGAGCAGUCAGUACAGCGGAACAGAAAACAUCACUAUCAGCGUCUCGACAAAGGUCUGCUCCUUUGGCAAACAGGUGGUGGAGAAGGUUGAGACGGAAUAUGCACAUCUGGAAGGAGGAAAGUACGUGUUCCGCAUUCAUCGGUCGCCCAUGUGUGAAUACAUGAUCAACUUCAUCCAUAAACUCAAACACCUGCCGGAGAAAUACAUGAUGAACAGUGUACUGGAGAACUUCACCAUCCUACAGGUGGUAUCCAACAGAGAAACACAGGAGACUCUGCUGUGCAUCGCCUUUGUGUUUGAAGUGUCCACCAGUGAACAUGGAGCGCAGUACCAUGUUUAUCGACUAGUUAACGACUAGCAGCACGUCUCGUGCAUGCAGAGACUCUCCACAGACUUUUUAAUUACAUAGAGUAUAAACACUAUUUCCAGCUCAUACACACAGAAACCCCACUCCUCUACUCUAAACACAGACCAACAGUCCCACUGUAGUCACACCUGUUGUUCAAUGUAAAUGUAUUUCCAUCUCUCUUCAGUAUCCCAUGACUUAAAGGUCCCAUAUUGUAGCAAGUGACAUGUUCAUGAUAGUUUUUAUUAUGAAGCUGGUUGGAGUGCUGUAUAAAUACUGUGAAAGUAUCAAAGCGCUCAGGUCAUGGAGAAAUGUGCACAGCCUGUGUUCUGAAACUGCCUUAAAAUAAGCCGUCAGGCCUCCUGUAACUUUAUGAUGUCACAACGACAUAAACCACUCCUCUCAGCCUGCCCCCAGCACAGCCCACCUGGGCCAGCCAGACUGUCUAGUCUGGUUUAGAUGGCUUGUUCGGUUAAUUUCCAUUUGACCUGUGAGUCUUACCAAGCGUUAGCAAUAGGCUGAAAAGACCAUCUGUGAGUCCCCGAGCUGUUGGUGCCCCAGAGGGGAGCGGGAGAGAAGAGAUUUUAAAUUACAUUAAGACGGUUUCUGAUAUAUCUUCUUAUGGAAAUCAUAACUAAAAGUAUUGUGUAAGUAUAACAUAUGGGACCUUUCAAACAAUUGAUUAUUUGUGGAUUUCAAAACAAAACGUUUUCUUUAUCUUGAAGCAUUUUAUUGUUAUCCAGUGUAAUUAUUUAAUCACAGAAUCCUCUGUGCAACGUCAGGCUCAAAAUAUAUCCCAGUUUUUAAUGGCAAAUUUAAGUCACUAAAAAACUAAUCUGGCACUCCGUAGAGUGUAUACUGCCGCCACGGUCAAAUAGUCCUAUGUCUAUCUCUUAUAAUAGAGGAAUAAGAGAAAAUACGAUGUAGUCGGGUCAUCUGCACCUAAAUGUACUGAUUUCCUGGACUGUCCUCCAUCCCUCCACCAAGAUCUGUGCAAAUGGGUUCAUUGCUUUUUGCGGAAUCCUGCUAACAAAUAAACAAACACCUGUAAACACUAGAAUGACACUCAGUAGAAUGCUGCUAAAGCUCAUUAAUCCUCUUAAAUUCAAUCAAGCCGCAAAUAUAUAAUUUCUCUAAAUAUGUCAGAUUUUAUUUCAUCAAGAUCCAUUAAUUAUUCCCUCGGAAUGCUAUAUAAAGAAUAACUGCUGACGGACAGGGGUGACAACAUAACCUCCUUGAUGGAGGUGCAGAAACCAGCAAACUAUAUUAAAUCAAGUUUAAUAUGGGAUAUCCUGCAUUUUAUACAAUCAGUAUGUACCUGUGACAUUUUUCCUGCACAUGCAUUUACGUCAUGGGUGUGACAGAUGUGAGACCAGUUUGAAUAUAGGUUGUGCAAAUCAUGUAGCCAGUGUUAAUGUAAACUAUGCCACAGUGACUUUCUUCUACUGUUCAUAUCGUCUCUGUACAGUAGGAAAUGAUCGAGUCUAUAACGGUGCGUCUUCUAUCACUGCUUAUAGUGGAGUCGUGAUCUUCAGUUUGUAUAAUCAACGGGUCACAUGACACAAAGCAAGAGUGUGCCUCUUAGAAUAUAAUGCACUACACAAGUCGUAUUUAUAUUAAAACACAGCGUCGGAGUGUGAAGAGGGCGUUUUAAAAGGUUUCCAGUGGUACUCGGUGUGGAGGGCAAGAUUGUGAUCAAAUGUUAAGGGGGUGUUUUUAAAGUUCGGCUCACUUGUCUUUUUGGAAAAGUUCACAAACUGUUUCAGAUUCAGUUCACACUUUGAAUGACAGAAUCGACCCUUACUGUUCACGGACACGACACAGUGGUAGCUCCGACUGUGUGGGCUCGCUGCAGUAUUUCUACCUCCACGUGAGUUGGGAUGAGAAUGUGCUUUGGUUUCAUAUAAAGCCUUAACCAGAGGAGCACUGAUGUAUAGGAUGUGUACACUACAUUUGUAAUGGUACUGUUUUAUAAGCCAAAACACGGUAAAUAGACUUGUUUUUGUAAAGAUGAACUGCCGUUGUUUUUUUUUUACCAGCAGAGCUAGAAGUGUUAAACUUAACAUCAUGAUGGGUGUUUCAGUUUUUUUUCUCUUUUUUUGAUGUAUGCAAAAUGAUGUCUGGAACACACUAAGGUUAUCUACGGUGCACUGGGGUUUUUGCCUGUUAACACUAACAAACUAUCCAGCUGACACUUUUUUGGUCUUUUGUUCUAUGUAAUAUUUUUCGAUUUUUUUUUUUUGGUACACGACUACCAGCAAUUUUUAUUUUGUAUUUUGUUGUGAAUCUUAUUUGACACUUUCACGCCCCCUCCUGACAGGAUCAUGUUUAACCAUGUAUGAUUUGACUGUACCAUGAAACUAAGAUUCAGUUUUAAGCAAGAUCAUCUAACAUUCACUGUGUGGUUGGCCAAACGUGUUUUUAUGUUUUAAGAGUUGUAUUUCUUUCCUGUCUGUGUAUUUUGGUUGGCCGUGCCUCAUCACUCCUUUGGUCAAGUCUGCUCAGUGAAUGAAAUCUGUGCCUUUAUGCUGUACCAAUAAAAUCACAUGGACUCUA